GCGCGCGUCGGGCACGCGCCCGGCGCAGCUGCGGCGCCAGGUUGGGCGCAUCAGGAAAUCAGGGCAGCGGCGGCGCUGGCGAUUGGAGGCGCGGGCAGGAGCCCCGCAGACGCCGCCCAGCCAGGCGCCCGCACGCGGCCGCGGAGGCAGCGCGGCGCCUCUAUAAGAGCGCCCGGAGACGCGCAGCCCGCCCUCCCCGCCUGCUCGCCCCGUCAACCUCGCCCGCGCCGCCGGACGCGGGUGCGCGCAAGCCAGGGGGCCUCCCGGAGACGCGCCUCGUCCGUCCUUGCGCCGCCUGCCUCGUCCGGGAGUCUGCCGGCUCCGCUUUCCAAAAAGGAGCCGCGCGGGUGGAAAGAAGGACGGACUCGGUCGUUGCCGCCGCUGCUGCUUCUUGCCUGUCCGCCGCUCCCGCGCCUGCUUUGGCUCCGCGGAGCUGCGCGAGGAGGCGCCGCACGAUGGGCGCGCUGCCCGGCUGGGCUCUUGUCUGGCUGCCUCUGCUGCUGGCCUCGGCUCGCCUGCCCGCGGCGCGCGGUGAGUAGCCGGCAGCUAGACGGGGUGCGGGGCCUUUUCCACGCGGGUGCGGGGAAGCGCCGUGGGCGGAGGAGCCGGAGGAGGCACCGCGCGCCGGGAAGAGGCUUGGGGGUUCCCAUGGGUGAGGAAGGGGUGCGUCUAGGUGGGCGCUCCCUCCUCCGGGGGGUCUCCGGAUGGAAAAAGGUCCCCCCUCGGAAAAGCAUCCCGAGAAACGCAGCCCGACGCGCCGGAGCAGCCGCAGCCGCGGGCUGCUUCUGGGCACCCGAGGGGGGGGGGCGUCGCUUCGCGGGGGGCGUCGAGGGAAGCCCUGGCGAGGGAUGGACGGGAUCCCCUUUCCGUGCCACGGCCGAAGAAGCCGGCAGGCCUCGGGAGGAGGGGGGCAGGCAGAGGCUCUUUGUUUCCAGGGCUGCUGCUGCCGCCUCCACUCCGCCGGUGAAGAGAUCACCUGGGAUCUUUCCCCCAUUUCGCCCUGGGAGGAGAUUUCCAUGGCAGAGGGAGCGAGCAGCUGGCUUCCCUCUUGCUGCUCCCCUGUUGCUUGCAGAGUCCAUCCCAGGCGCGUUUUACUCAUUUCAAGACCCCGCUUUCAGAUUCUCUAAGCAAAGGGUCGCCAAACUCCCUAGUCCAACUAAUUGCUCUGGCUGCCUUUAUAGAUCAGGUGAACUGUUUGGUGGUCCGGAGCUCCGUCCGUAAGAUACCGGAAUGGGACUCGAAUGAAACAGGGGGACUGGGGGUGGGGGUGAAGCUUCUUGGAGUGCCGCCUUGCUCGUGGCCUGUGAACAAACCCCCGUGUUUUCUGCGCAAUUUGGGCUGACAUUUGGGUCUCCUCUGGUGGCAACUGCUCUCUGCUCUUCGAGCAGUGGCUCUGCAAAGGUUUAUAAGUAACACCUGGGACAGAAGCGUUUGUUUGAGUAGUUAAACUAUGAACCAGCCGCUCCCUAAAAUGACACUUUUUCAAAAUUUGCUUUGCUAACCUGAAGUGUGUGUGGCUUGAAGAUAAACGGGGAGCAACUGGAGAGUUAAAUGAGACUUUGAGUAACAGCUUCGAGAAGAGCCGCACCAGACAUCUCCAAUGAAGGCCAUUGGUGUUAAAGGGAUGGCUAUCCUGUUUAAGUAGGCCAGAAUAGCCUAUAACUGGCCCUUCUAGGCCAGAAAGGUGCAGCAGUGAAUUCAAACUGCAAGGAAGGAGAUUCUGACUAAGUACUGUAUUAGGAAGUUUUCUGACCAUAAGAGCUGUUUCGCAGUGGAACAAACUCCCUUUGGAAAUGGUGGACUUUCUAAGCAGAGGUUAGAUGUCUGUCUGGGAUGCUUUGAGAUUCCUGCACUGCACAGGGUUGGACUAGAUGACCCUCGGGGUCCCUUCCCGCGCCAUUAUUUAUUAUAUUUGUAUACAGCCCUAAACCCGCAGUUCGCAGUUCUACGAUUCUAAGUAUUGCCAUACUAUUACAGACAUGUGAAGGCAGCCCUGUUUGGAGAAGUUUUUAAUGUUUGAUGUUUAAUUGUGUUUUUAAUAUUUUGGUGGGAGCCGCCCAGAGUGGCUGGAGCAACCGGGUCAGAUGGACAGCACAUUAAUAAUAAUAAUAAUAAUAAUAAUUAACUAUGCUGUAGGGCUGAGCAGGGCACCAGCAGACAAAAUCUGCGACGACCCCAAACCUAAAUUCUAAAUUUCUGCUAAUGAAAACUGUAGUUGAGAGAAGUUCGCCUGAACUUUAUGGCUGCUACUGUUGCAUUUGGCCAUAUUUGCUACAAUAUUUAAACUGUCUCUUCCUUACUUGUUUCAUUUGCUUGGUCUUUGCCUCUUAAUCCCAUAAAGGUGAGAGUCUAAUAGUUGUCGCAAAGACUCAAAAAGUGACUGGAUACCUGAAUUCUUCAGAAGUACUUUGUGUAGUUAAAAUGUGUGCUGUAAACUCUAAACUUGGUAUAAUUAGGACAUUCUUGUCCUAAGGAUCUCCUUGCAGCUGGUCCUCCUAAAGGGGCAUGGCUAAGGCUUUCUUGGUUAAGGACCACAUUGUUAAAACCAGUCUUGGGGGCUACACUCUUGAGAACACCUAUAGAUGCACAGUCCCAUUUUACUAAUUCAGGGUGAAGUCUUAGAGAGAAAGCUAUGGCAGGGGAGGGUUGUCUGGGCAGGGAGGGGGCUGUUAGCUAUCCCUGGUGGGGCAGGGAUACCAGCCAUUCAGAUACCGCAUCACUGGCACUUAAAUAAAUCCUGCUUGAUUUGGGCACGUGCCAACUUUUAGAAGAGGUCCUCCCCUGGGAAUAUAAAUAUAGUCCCUGAAACUUUAUUUUAUAUAUUUUUGUUUCAUAAAACGUAGGUGCUCCUCGAUUGUGCAAAGAACAAACCAACCUCAAAGCAACCACUUUGAGAUUCUAAUUCACGAGGCCUUAAAUGUGUUGGCUCUCUAUUAAACUGGGUCACCGGCUAAUGCAUUCUCCAAUCAGGUGGUGAAUGCUUGUCACUUCUAUGUAGUUCAAUUUAGCAUUGGCCUACUACCAGGCUGAGGGACACGGGUGGCGCUGUGGGUUAAACCACAGAGCCUAGGACUUGCUGAUCAGAAGGUCGGCGGUUUGAAUCCCGCGACAGGGUGAGCUCCCAUUGUUCGGUCCCAGCUCCUGCCUACCUAGCAGUUCGAAAGCACAUCAAAGCACAAGUAGAUAAAUAGGUACCACUCCGGCAGGAAGGUAAACGGCGUUUCUGUGCGCUGCUCUGGUUCGCUAGAAGCGGCUUAGUCAUGCUGGCCACAUGAGCCGGAAGCUGUACGCCGGCUCCCUCGGCCAAUAAAGUGAGAUGAGCGCCGCAACCCUAGAGUCGGUCAUGACUGGACCUAAUGGUCAGGGGUCCCUUUACCUUUACUACCAGGCUAGUUCAUCAACCAUCCAAAUAGGAAGAUGCAGUUUGCAUUGGUGGUGGUAAUGUCUUUAAAAGUUUGUCAUGCCCGAGGCUGUCCUAAAAUCUAAGGAUUUAUAGCUGGGACCCUGCACAUAUCACCCCUUUCCCAAGUCUUCACUUCUCGGUAUCUAAUCAGGAAAUGCCACUUCCAGCCAGAAGUUUAUUUCUGAGCACUGACUGUACCUUAUACUGGCGAGCUCUGCUAGGAGGAGUUGACUUAGAUCACCACUUGCUGUUUUAGUGAGGACUAAAAUAAAUGCUCUCUACUAACCUUCAGGUGGCAAAAGUAAACAUGGAAAUGAUGCAACAAAUUAAGAAGAGUCUUGCAUCAUGCUGCACUUCCUUGGCCUUUACAAUGCCUGGAUCAUGUUUCACUGUGCUUCUAGACAGAUGAGCCUGACUAGAGCCUGCGCAGAAGAGAAUUUAUUCUUGUCCUUCAGAUCGGCUUGGGAGUACGUGCUGGGAGGAGGAGCACAAUUCCUCGCUUCUGGAAGUAAUAAGUUCAAAAACUGGAAUACAGUACUAGAUAAAAUUCAGCUAUUCUGAUUCUUUUGCAUGCCAGGCAGCACUUUCCUUACUGCAGUUUUACUUGCAAAAGGAAGCUAUUCCACUUUGUGGAAAGUGAGACCUGCUGAUGUGUUGUUGUUGUAAUAAUAAUAAUAAUAAUAAAUAGUAAUAAUAAUGCUGCAAUAUUUAUACACCACCCAUCUGGCUAGGUUGCACCAGCCACUCGGGGCAGCUUCCAACAUAUAUAAAAAAUAUAAUAAAACAUUAAAACUUCCCUAUACAGGACUGCCUUCACAUGUCUUAUUUAUCUCCUUGAUGGGAGGGCAAGGGCCACUACCGAGAAGGCCCUCUGCCUGGUUCCCUGUAACUUCACUUCUCACAGUGAGGGAACUACCAGAAGACCCUUGGCGCUGGACCUGUGUGUCUGGGCUGAGCAAUGGGGGUGGAGACACUCCUUCAGGUAUACUGGGCCAAGGCCGUUUAGGGCUUUAAAGCACAACACUUUGAAUUGUGCUCAAAAAUGUACUGGGAGCCAGGGAAGAUCCGUUUACCUUCUCGCCAGAGUGGUACCUAUUUAUCUACUUGCAUUUUGAGGUGCUUUUGACGUGCUAGGUUGGCAGGAGCUGGGACCGAACAAUGGGAGCUCACCCCCGUCAUGGGGAUUCAAACCGCCGACCUUCUGAUUGGCAAGCCCAAGAGGCUCAGUGGUUUAGACCACAGCGCCACCCGCAUCUCAUAAUAAAUAUAUUUUACAUAAUAAAAAUGGUAUCUGCAAGUGCUGAAAUUCCACUUAGCCUUCAGGGGGUGAUGAACAUCUUCCUAGAAUUAGUUGAUCCUAUGAACUUUGAGUUGAGACCCCAAAGGAACUUAACAAAGACAUCUCAGAGCAUUGCAAGAUAACUAACUUAAGGAGCAUAAGUUUUGGCACAUGGCACUCAGUCUGCUUCUUCCAUGGUGAUUUAUAUGGCGUGUGUCUGCACAUAGGAAUCCAGGAGGCUGAUCUGGCACACCUAACCUCUGAUAAAAGUCGCUUCACAAGUAAAAAUUCCUGGUAGUGUUCACAUUCUGUAUACUCUUCUGUAUGUUUGUGUAGUAUACAUGUUGGUUUAUUUUAGGCUUUAUUUUAGCAUUUUGGAACUAAAAAAUCUUCCUUAAAGAAACCCCAAGUAUGAUAUUACUUGCCCUCCCCCAGUCUUGAACUGCUCUUGAACUCUGUCUGCAUGUCUUCUCUGAUGUCAGUCUGUUCUCAACCAUCCCACUCUUCAAAUGCAUGCUUGCAAAGUCUUUUCAGGGUGACUCAUUUCUUAAUACUGGCCAUUGCUCCCUGUUUUGUUGACUCAGAAUUUGCUCAGCUACAUAGUGUGUGCCUUAUCUUCUCUUAGAUGAAACUAUCUGCCCAGGCGGUGUUAUAAUCUAUGUUCAGUGCUUGGUGGUUUGGCAAAAGUAUAGGCUCCCCAAAUAUUCAGUGGGACUUUCUCCCAAGAUGACAGCAAAACUUGCAUCAGUGAUAGAACUGUGCAUCUCAGCAUCUCCUUGACGCAUCUAUUGUCACCUGAAACCUGAACAACUGAGCUAGGCCAUAUUAACUUGUUCAAGAUGCAUGUAUAUGUAUCUUGGUCUUUUAAGUGGCUCAGUAUACAGUGGUACCUCGGGUUAAGUACUUAAUUCAUUCUGGAGGUCUGUUCUUAACCUGAAGCACCACUUUAGCUAAUGGGGCCUCCUGCUGCUGUCGUGCUGCUGGAGCACAACUUCUGUUCUUAUCCUGAAGCAAAGUUCUUAACCCGAGGUAAUAUUUCUGGGUUAGCGGAGUCUGUAACCUGAAGUGUAUGUAACCUGGAGCGUAUGUAACCCGAGGUACCACUGUAGUUAUAAUGCUCUAUUAAAAAAAGUAAAAUAGCCUGACUUUCAUGGACUAGAAAGCCAUAUUAAUACUCUUUCAGGUUGUGAUUGAGAGUGAUAUUCCAUGGCAAGAUCAUUACCCAUGGGGUCUACUUGCUGCUAAAGUGGACCUGUGGUUUAAGGGCUCCCCUUGUAGCUACAGGUGACAUGGGAUUCUGUGCAAAUGGGAGAGCUGUUCAGUGGAAGGAGGGACUGAAUCUACCAGUUCUCUUUUGCCAGCUUUCCUGCUAAAGACCAGCUUUCCUGCUAACUAGCCUCUUAGGAGACUGGUAAGUAUUGCAGGCUAGCAAUAUUUGUGGCCUUACUUUACUAACAUGGCUGGUUGUUAAUCUCUUUUUGCUGAGCACAAAAUAAAUCAAAGCUAGUUGCUAGUCAUAUCCCAGAAGAGUGAUAGGACUUGAGCUGUGUGAAUUAAGGAGUUUGUACGUUGGAGAAGGAGCAUCCCGUGACAUCUGAACAGAGGACGAUGCCAAGCGCUGACACUAAAAGCAAAGAAGCCUCGUCCAUGUGAAAGAAUGCAUUGGAUUGGUUAACUCUGAAUUACUGCUUCUGCAUCUAACAGGCUUGUUUCUUAAUUCAAGGUACAAGAGUGACUUGUGACGACUCUCAGUUCCAGUGUCACAACGGCCGCUGCAUAACGCUGCUAUGGAGAUGUGACGGAGAUCCAGACUGCACCGAUGGCAGUGAUGAACUGUCCUGUGGUAAGGAAGGUCUUGCAUGGCCACUGAGUCCGUAGUUGAGUAGCAAAGUAGCUCAGCAGGUCCUUUGGCCUGCCUCUGACAUGCUUUGAGCUUGGGUAGCUGGCAGCAAACCAUGAAGAACAAAAUGACUGCAGUUAGAGGUUCACGUCAGGCUUAUCAAAGCAUGCAUCCCUAUCAAGGGAGUCAGUUCUUUGGUUGCAUGUGGGAUGGGCCACUGGUUUUGACUAAGGCAAUUGGGCAAUUACUUUUUUCUCCCCCCCCCCUUCUUUGUUGAUAACAUUUUAUUGAUUUUCCAAAAAUAACAAAAGGGGGGGGAACGGGACAGAGAAAAAAAUCAUAACCAAAUUAAACCAUCAUUUUUGGUUGACUUCCCUCCACUCCCCCUCUUGGUUCCAUUAUGAUAUACUUGCUCAUGCACGUCCAUGAAAUCUUAUAUCCUUAACAAUCCAAUUUUAAAACCUUCUUCAUCUUAUUGCAAGUGACUUUUAAAAGUUAUACUGAUGUAAAAAUCUAUACACAAAGCUUAAAAAAUAUGCAUUAAACAGUUGCCCUUUUUAAUAAUAAUUUGUCCUGCACAGUUCAGUAAUUUAUUUUGCCAGUCUUCUUCUUUUUCUUCUUAUCUUCUUUGGCCAGGGCUUCUUCCUUCUAUAGGGGCUAGUUGGACUUGGCCUGGCAUCCAGUCCCACGUAUUGGAACAAAGUCUUUUGCUCAAACAAUCCAAGUCCUGUACAUCUCAGUAUCAUAACUUCAAUUUUUUUUUAACAACAAUCAUUUUCCACAUUUCCUUCAAAUCUUUAUAUGUCUUUUCCCAGUCCCAAUUACUUCUGUUUCUUAAGGCUCUGCUCAGAACUAUGUGCUUUGCGCCAUCUGACUUAGAUCAACCUGAGCCUUAAGUGUUGGCUUGCCUGACUCUUCUAAGUUGCUCCCUUGUUUAUUUGGUAAUGCUCAAUACAUAGAUAAACAACUUGUAGUCUCUUGGAGAUUCUGCCAUUCUCAGGAGCUUGGGUGCCAAUAGGCCAAGAGAGGGUCUUCUCUGUGGCAGCCCCUAAGUUGGGGGACUCCCUCCCCACAGAGGUGUAUAUUGCAACUUCAUUAUACAGUUUGGGGCAAAUGCUGUAGUUGCACCCCUUUCUCCUUUGACACCUGGGAAUGUUAGAUUUUCAAGACCCUGUUUUUCAUGAUUGUGUUUUUUAAAACUGUAUUUUAAAUCAUUGCAAUCUGCCCUGAGACCUUGGGGUGACGGAGAGGUAAUAAAGUAACAGGCAGUGAAGUGUAUGAGCAUCCUUUGGUGGUGGCUCGGGCUAUGCAAUGGCCUUCUUAUUGACGGCAGUCAUGCUGCGAUGUUCACUUCAACACAAGAUCAAAACUUACUACUUUGCCCAGGGACUUUUAUUGCGGUUUUUAACCAACCUUUCAUCUACUCUGCUUGUAUUCUAUGACCUCCAUAUGCAUUAUGAUUGAUUGUUUUUAGUGUACUGUAUACUUGGUUUUAUUCAUGCCUUUCUUAUAUCCUGCUCUAGUGUCUGUGUAGAUGAAAAGUGCUUUAAAAACAGCUUUUAGUAAUACAGUACUCAAUUUAGUGUUAUAUAGAGAUGGGGACAAUUGCAGUUCCGUCUGCAUAUUGAAGCGAGUCUUCCUAAUGUGCUCACCUCAGACACCUUGAUGGCUACAGAUUAGACCACAUAGUCAGUGAACCUCUGUGCACAAUAGGUCCAUGCCUUAUUAUUAAUUUUAUUUAUUCCCUGUCUGUCUGUCUGUCUGUCUGGGUUUCCCCAGCCACUCUGGGUGGCUUACAGCAUAUACCAAAACAUCAUAAAACCUCAAAUAUUUAAAACUUCCCUAUGCAGGGCUGCCUUCAGAUGUCUUCUAAACGUCAGAUAGUUGUUUAUUUCCUUGACAUCUGAUGGGAGGGCAUUCCACAGGGCAGGCGCCGCCACUGAGAAGGCCCUCUGCCUGGUUCCCUGUAACCUCACUUCUUGCAGUGAGGGAACUGCCAGAAGACUCUUGGGAGAGGACCUCGGGGUCUGGGCUGAACGAUGGGGUGGAAUUGUAUGGGGGAAAGAUGGCAUCACUGCCCAUGGCAGCAGCUGUCUUUUCUUCAUACAAUUCCUUGACUGCAUGUUGUGAGAGCAUUUUAAAACAAAUCUUACAAUGCAGCCACAGAGCUGCUCUAGGCAGCUAUAAAAUCUCAAAGGAGAAAAGGGCACCUCUUGAACCACCUCAUAGAAGUGUUGCUUUUGUUUGUUCAUAAAAUUAGGUGGGAUUUUUAUUUUUUAGGAUUUUCCCUUAAAAAGAAACCUGUCCAUGAAUUGGAUGAAAUGGGGCUGGUUUCAUAAAGAUAUGAACGACACAGGAUGGAAAUACGAUGACCGUCCACCCUGGGGUUGGGAACUGUUGUUGAAAGACCACUUGGGAAACAGAAAAUUCCUCCUCCCAAUGUUGAAGUGGAGCAAGCCUGCAUCUCUUGGAGCAACAGGACGACUAUGUCAUUCUGCCAACUUCUACUAUAGCUGCACCUCAAAAUAUCCUGCUAGAGGUUGCUACCACAUUUUCUUUGAGGUCCAGCACACACACUUAGCAUCCCUACCAAAUUUAUUCCAUACACAUCCUUUGGCACUUUGCUUCCUGUAUUCUUCGUGUUGAGGAAGUGGCCAGAAUCCUAACUAGGGUUUCAUAGCUAUGCUGUGACCUCUGCAACAGGGUAGCUACAAGGAGCAUGAAAUCCUGCGCACUGGUCCUGUGGAGGCCACUUGGCACCAUUAGCUGGGCUAGGGCAUCUGUUUAUUGGAGCAGUUGAAAGCAAGCGAUGGUCUUUUCCCUGACAAAUUCAGCAAAAUGCUACUUCCUUGCAGUGAAGAAGACGUGUGCCGCAUCUGAUUUCGUGUGCCUAAGUGGGCAGUGUAUACCGAACCGAUGGCAGUGUGAUGGGGACCCCGAUUGUGAAGAUGCGUCGGACGAGCGAUCUGAACUUUGCUGUGAGUAGCCGGGUCCUUAACUCCGCAAGGCAACUGCGCCACCUUCCCUUAAAGCUGGAGCCAGGGCAGGCUGCUUCCAUGCUUUUUCCAUAUGGCUGAGACAAAGAACCUCUUGCACUGAAGUUGCAGACAUGCUCUCAAGCCGUUGGGCAGGAGACAGGCAGGGGGGAAUUCGAAUUCAGAUCGCCCAUGUCUGGCCUACAAUCCAAACCUUCAUCUACUUUUGCUACAAGGCUAGGCUUCCGGAUUUCUGGGGGAAGCCAUGCUGGGGCCUUAGCCCCUUUCUCCACAAUUAAGUAAAACUUUUUAGCAUUAAACCAACCAUUAGCUAUAUAUUGGCAAAUAACUUGGCAUAAGCCAAUGCAUUAUUAACCGCAAACGGGGUUAUUGUGUUGUGGUAGCGUUUGGUAUUUGUUUUAAAUGUGUAAACAAGCAUCAAGCCAAAUCUAUGAAAUAUUAAAAAUGCAAGAUUCUCUUCCCCACUCUCCCCCACAAAAGGUUAAGCUGCUCAAGUCUUGCCUAAGAUGCUGAAAGGGAGAAUUGGCUUCCCCCUGUAGGGUUGGAGAUCCCUGAGCAGGGCAUAGACCAAGCCUUACUGGACUGGUACCUGCACUGACUUGCAUAGGAGCUUUUUAAGUAUUCCGGGUAUUAUUAUUUUUUUAAGUGAACUCUUGAUCGCUUCUCAAUAGACACAAGGAAGUGUGAUAUAGGGGAAGUCAGCUGUGGCCCUCAGUCAAGUCGCUGCAUCCCCGUGUCCUGGAAAUGCGAUGGAGAGAGCGACUGUGAUGCUGCUGAGGAUGAAGACGAUUGUGGUAAGUUCAUCAGGGCUGUGUGGGUGACUUGGCCGCAUCACACCCCAUAACACACAGGAAUUGUAUUAGUAUCCAGCCACGCAAAUGCACACUAGAAGCAGUGUUUGCAGCUGAUUUAGCAUCUUGAUAUGCAAGCAUCAGUUCCUGUAUCCAGUUGAGCUAAGCUUCAGUAAAAUGGUGGUUGUGGUUUCUUGUCUCUACUUAAAGGUGUGGGAAUGUUAAAGAAGGUAGGAGAGGAUAUAUCGUUUUGAGAUUAUCCCUCCUUACUCACGCUAAGUAAACAACAGAGCACAUUCCCUUUGCAACUUGUUGGAGUUGAUGAUUAGUUAGAAUCCUUUAAUUAAGCAAUCCAGUUUGGAUUGUCCAGCCUGGAUUGUUCCUGAUCAGUUUCCCCUUUUAUUUCCCUCUUAAAAUAAUAGGGACAUGGGUGGCGCUGUGGUCUAAACCACUGAGCCUAGGGCUUGCUGAUCAGAAGGUCGCCGGUUCAAAUCCCCGCAACUGGACUUAACUGUCAGGGGUCCUUUACCUUUUUAAAAUAAUAAUAACACAACACAGUCUUCUUUAAAAGUAAGAAUAAAGUUUUACUCACAUUCAGUUCCCAGCAGUAAUCUAAAGGUGGGCUUUAUCUUGUGGUUACAGUGAAAAGAAGUCUGAGCUACGUCUCAGACUUUCUGCUUGUGAGCUCCAUCCUCUGUGAAGGUUGAGCCAUGAGCUGGCUGAGAACCAGGAGAGCAAGAGACCAAGAGAGAGAUGGUUGCGUGGGCAGCCCUUUGAUCUGGUCUGCUAGGAUCAUGCCCAUCUAUCUGGGCAUGGGAGGAAUCACAGGGGGAGGAAGCUCCAGAGCAGGUAUGACAGGAUGUUCUUCCUGUCUGGAGCCACAUUCCUCUGUGUGUCCAUUCUAGGCAAUGGGAAAAUGUUGUACUUGACUGCUCUUGUAAUACUACAUCUCACAAAAGGGACUUGAGCAAAUCCCCCAGUAACAUUUUCCAGGGGUAGUUGAGUCGGGCUGUGCACAGCCCCCAGACCUGCCCCAUGGCUCCAGUCUUGGGGGCACUGGAUUCACUCUGCCUGGGGACCACCCCCAGCCCACCUUGGACCUGUUCCUAAGUAGGUGCAAGGCAGGCCAGGGGCUGGGGAAGGAGACCUCCUCCUCCACCACCUCCCCUCGGAUCACCCUCUCAUCUCUGCAGUUGAGCAAAGGAGGCCAUCUGGGUGGAAGGGUGGUGCUCUGAAGGACUUGUGUCACCCUCAUAUUGCCCACACGCCAGCUUUUGAGUGGAGGAGGGCAUCAGGCAGGCAAGCAGGUUUUCCUUCCUUCCUGCCUCUCCUUCCUGCCUAAUGUCCUACCCCUUGACAACCGUGGAUCAUUCUGGGCCAUCCCGUCAGACCUGUCAUGAUCCGUGGCUGCCUGAACCCAACUCAUCCAAUGCCAGAGUCCCUGGGAAUAGGCCCAGUUUGACUCACGCCUCAGCUGAAUCCAGGGCACAGCCCUGGUGUUGAAUCUCAGGCAGGGGUGCCACUUGUUCAAAGCAGCAAACUGUAAAGUACCGAGAAGAGACAAUGAUCUAAAUUAAAAUCUCUGCAUUUGCAAACUGCCAUUUUAUAUUAAAACAUGUAGAUAGCAACUUCAGGACUGCAGUGAAGAUAGAUGUUUUUCUUUCAGCAUGAAUUUUGCUAUUCACCAAUUGCUUAAGUUUCAAAAUGUAGCCUUAAUAAAUAACUCGGUUGCUACGGUACUAAAAUGCUCAUUAAUUUAGGUCCUAGAUGAAGUGGAAACUUAACUGUUAAACCCAUCCUCGUAGUGCUAAAUACAGUCGUACCUUGGAAGAUGAACAGAAUCUGUUCUGGAAGUCCAUUCGACUGCCGAAAUGUUUGGAAACCAAAGCACGGCUUCUGAUUGGCUGCAGGAAGUUCCUGCAGCCAAUCAGAAGCCACAUCAGAUGUUCAGCUUCCAAAAAUAGUUUGCAAACCAGAACAAACCAGUUUGCAGUGUUCGGGAGCCAAAACAUUGGAGAACUAAGCUGUUCGAAAAUCAAGGUAUGACUGUAUACUACAGUGGUACCUCAGGUUAAGUACUUAAUUCAUUCUGGAGGUCCGUACUUAACCUGAAACUGUUCUUAACCUGAAGCACCACUUUAGCUAAUGGGGCCUCCUGCGGCUGCCAUGCCGCCGGAGCCCAAUUUCUGUUCUCAUCCUGAAGCAAAGUUCUUAACCUGAAGCACUAUUUCUGGGUUAGCGGAGUGUGUAACCUGAAGUGUAUGUAACCUGAGGUACCACUGUACAGUGUAAAUCAAAACAUAUACUAGAGUUCCCUUGGUGUGCAAAAUUAACCUGAUCAGCAUAAUAUUUCGGUGGUUGGCAGUUCCCCACAGUGACUUCCUGUCAAGUGGCUGUGCCCAGUAAAUAAAAUUAAAAGCUGUGUUGUGCCUUCUUCCCCUUAGCCAACAUAACUUGCAACCCAGAAGAGUUCACGUGUUCCAACGGCCAGUGCAUCUCCAAAGACUUCGCUUGCAACGGGCACGAAGACUGCAGCGACGGCAGCGACGAGGCCGGCUGCGCUGCGCCCACUUGUCGAGUCGGUGAGUUCCAGUGCAAAAGCGAGAGCGACACUUGCAUCCCAGUGAACUGGGUGUGCGAUGGCGAACCAGACUGUACCGACUGGUCGGACGAGUCUUCGGAGCAGUGCGGCCACCAGCCGGUCCGGACCGUGAAAUGCGGGGAGAGCGAAAUGCUUUGUGACUCGGGAGACGAAUGUUUCCACAAGAAGUGGCGCUGUGACGGUGACACGGACUGCAAAGACGGCAGCGAUGAGAUCAACUGCUGUAAGUAGCAGACCGUUGGUCCGUGGAUGGCAGAAAGCGGCUCCUGGGCUCCUUCAGCUGUAAGCUGCAUUCUUGAACACCUUCUCCUCCCCCCCAGCUUUCCAGACAUGCAGACCCGACCAGUUCAGAUGUGAGGAUGGGAACUGCGUCCAUGGAACCAGGCAGUGCAAUGGUGUGAGGGACUGCAUAGAUGGAUCAGAUGAAGUGAACUGCCAAGUAGGUAAGUGGGAAGCAUCACGGAGCAGGGAAGAUGAUGGGCUGAGACCUGAAACCUCAAGAAAUGCUACGCAAAAUGCAAUCUGGAAUGAACUUGGUGAUGGCUCUGGUGACCUUCCUAUUGAAGGCUCUUGUAGGCCCGUAAAGGUAAAGGGACCCCUGACCAUUAGGUCCAGUCGUGGCCGACUCUGGGGUUGCGGCGCUCAUCUCGCUUUAUUGGCCAAGGGAGCCAGCGUUCAGCUUCUGGGUCAUGUGGCCAGCAUGACUAAGCCACUUCUGGCGAACCAGAGCAGAGCACAAAACGCCGUUUACCUUCCCACCGGAGCAGUACCUAUUUAUCUACUUGCACUUUGUUGUGCUUUCGAACUGCUAGGUUGGCAGGAGCAGGGACCGAGCAAUGGGAGCUCACCCCGUCACGGGGAUUCGAACCGCCGACCUUCUGAUUGGCAAGUCCUAGGCUCUGUGGUUUAACCCACAGCACCACCCGCGUCCUUAGUUGCAUGCCCAUAUAGUGCCUCAAUAUCAUCAAAGGGCAAUAUCUCGACAUUGAAUUAAAAAGGGGGGCUUAAGGUGUUGCUGCUUGUAUUUUUGUUAGUCUAGAUGUUGUGUGGUUUUUAAGUGCUUCUGUAUAGUAUAAGCAAUCGUGGGAAGGUGGCAUACUUUAAAUGGUAGAAUAUGUAUUAAGUCAACACCAAUAACAGUUUGUUGACAACAGCUACAGCAUUCUGAGCUUGGGACGACAGCUGUUUAAUGUGGUCCGUCUCUUCUCUGUGACCUCCAGCGAAUCAGUGCACCGGACCUGGCAAGUUCAGGUGUAGAAGUGGCGAGUGCAUCGAGUCCAGCAAAGUUUGCAACCAGAAGCAGGACUGCAAAGACUGGAGCGAUGAACCUCUCAAAGAAUGCAGUAAGUUGGAGGUAGCGUAGCGUGGAUUGUUGGCACCCGGGACACUUGAAUAAGUCUGUGUCUUCUUAGAUCUAUCAAACAAACAAACAAACCACCUUCCUUUCAAGGUUGGAACUUUAAACGUAGCUGAACCACAUUCAACAGCAACAUGCGUUCCGUGUCCUUUUUGAAGCCAGCAAGGCAAUGCUCCUUGCUACCUGCAUAUCACGAGUAAAGCAAUUUCCCCACUAGAGCAGUCAAGUGUCACACGGCUCUAAUGGGUCAUGUGCUAAUUCAACAACUCGGCCUCCAAUUCUCUCUCUGUUGCAAAAGACAUCUCUAGAAGGUUUAGGGAGGUAUUGCAUCAACAUCAGGGAAGGUAUUGCUUCUAAGCCAGGGGUCAGCAAACUUUUUCAUCAGGGGGCCUUCAGACCUUGUGGGGGGCUGGACUAUAUUUUUGGGGGGAAAUAUGAAUUCCUAUGCCCCACAAAUAACCCAGAGAUGCAUUUUAAAUAAAAGGACACAAUCAACUCAUGUAAAAACAUGCUGAUUCCUGGAUUGUCUGUGGGCCGGGUUUAGAAGGCGAUUGGGCCAGAUCCGGCCCCCGGGCCUUAGUUUGCCUACCCGUGUUCUAAGCACAUGAAGCAAAUCUCACAAAGGACUGAAUGGCCCUUCUCAUUUCUUCCAGACGUCAACGAGUGCCUCGUGAACAACGGAGGCUGCUCUCAUAUCUGCAGGGACCUGGUUAUAGGCUAUGAAUGUGAUUGUCCUGCUGGUUUUGAGUUGAUAGACAGAAAAACGUGUGGAGGUGAGCAUUCUGUGGCAAGAUGGUAUUCCUGAAACUUGCAUUCCUAUCGUAGUGCAAUGCUAAAUAGCUUUUCUCUUCCAGACAUUGAUGAAUGCCUGAACCCAGGUAUCUGCAGCCAAAUCUGCAUCAAUACAAAGUUGGGGUACAAAUGUGAAUGUAGUCGGGGCUACCGGAUGGACCCACAAACUCUCGUAUGUAAGGCAAUCGGUAAGCAGCUUGAGUGCUUCUGACACUAAGCAACUCUUCAUCCUGGUGUCCAUAAUUUUCCUCUUGAGGAUGUAAAGCAAUCGCGAACUCAUUUCCAGGCACCUUCCCAGAGCCUUGCGUCCCACCGAGAUGAAUGAAAGUUGUCCACCUUGCAAAAUGUCCCAGGAGGACUACUGUAAUUGACAUUGGGCGCCCCUGGUUGCCUCUGAAGCCGAAUCAGUUGGGAUCUGAAUUCCUGAAAUGCGUAAUGGGAAUGAGGAGUCAUGAAUGGCUGAGCAGAGCCUGCAGAUGGGGGGGGGGAUGUCCAGGGAGGAGCUUGUUUGAAAGUGGGUGCUCAGGGUAAAAACCUAUUUCUGCACAUCUGGCUGCACACUUCACCUACUAAUCUAUUAUUGCAGGUGGAGAACCAAGUUUGCUUUUUACAAAUCGCUGGAACAUCAGGCAGUUUGCCCUGGAAAGGCAGGACUAUACCCAGCUAAUUGGAGACUUGAGGAACGUGGUGGCUUUGGAUGCGGACAUGGCUGAGCAUGCCAUCUUUUGGGCGGACAUUGGCCCAAAUGCUCUCCUCAGGUAAGCUUUUUCCAUGCAGGUGAUGGAACUGCAGAGCUGCUUGCAUACCUACCUAAAGAGUAGCAACUUUUGACUUGGCUGACUAGCAGUUAGAUCACCAGUAGUCUCCCCUUAAGACUAUGCAGCUUAUUUUUUUGGUGAAGACAAUGUCUUGUACGCUACUCUCGGCCUCAACUUGAUAAUGGAUAAUCAACAGCCCAGCGUAGGCCUUUCAGGUCACCCGACACCCAGGUUCAGCUGAAGAACAGACCCUUGGAUUUCUUUUGGGGGAAGUAUAGAGGAAUAGAAUAAUAGAAUUAGAGUUGGAGAGGGACCCUGAGGAUUGCCUGGUCCCGUCCCCCCCCCCCCCGCAAUGCAGGAAUAUGAAGCUGUCCUAUACAGGGAUCGAACCUGCAACCUUGACGUUAUCAGCACCAGGCCCUAACCAACUGAGCUCUCCAGUGCUGGCUGCUACCAUAAAGCACAAUCUACUAAACAGCGCUGUGCAAAAUUUUGUACUUGGAGAGAACCUUCUAAUAAUGAGGGCUCCCUUAAGGUGUUGAGCUACUAUGCCUGUACAGUGGUACCUUGGUUCUCAAACACCUUGGUACUCAAACAACUUGGAACCCAAACACUGCGAACCCAGAAGUAAGUGUUCCGGUUUGCAAACAUUUUUGGAAGCUGAACGUGCUCUGUUUUGAGUGUUACGCUUCCAAUUUGGGUUCCACACUUCCAUUUUGAGUGUUACGCUGAGGUCUGUCUCUCUUUGCUAUUUAUUUUACUUUUUUGACUUUUUGUUUUCUUUUUGUGACUGUUCAGCUACUGAUUGAUUGAUUGAUUGAUUGAUUGUGUGACUGCAGUACAUUGUUCAUUGCUUUAAUUUUAUGGAUCAGUGGUCUUGUUAGAAUCAGUGGUUCUCAACCUGUGGGUCCCCAGAUGGUGUUGGACUACAACUCCCAUCAUCCCAGAGCUCUGGCCUUGGUAGCUAGGGAUGAUGGGAGUUGUAGUUCAACAACAUCUGGGGACCCACAGGUUGAGAAAGGCUGCAGAUAGUAAAAUUCAUGUUAAAUUGCUGUUUUAGGGGUUGUUUUUAAAAGUCUGGAACGGAUUAAUCUGUUUUGCAUUACUAUCUAUGAGAAAGCGCACCUUGGUUUUGGAACAGACUUCCGGAACAGAUUAAGUUUGAGAACCAUGGUACCACUGUACCCAGUUUCAAAAUGGCUAUCAACUUAGCAAGACGUCACUAACACAGUUGAGUUUCAAAUGCAGCUGAGCAGAUACGUGAGCAAACUAAAAGUCCUGGGCACCUGGUUUUGCUUGGUACCAGGCACACAGACCCUGGAGGGAAGCCAAGCUGAAACCUUACUGUGUGUGACUGCCAAAACAUACUAGAUGGCAAGUUUGAUGGCCAGAAUCAAUUUCCUUAGAUGGGUGGCCUUGGGGUGUUGUAGCCACCAUCUCAGAGUCUCAAUUUGUAGAUCAGGGGGUUAGUAAUCUCCAGCCAAUAGGCCAAAGAUGCCUCCAGCCCUGGGAAGUCUCCUCAGGCCAUGUUUCUGAUCUGCAUCCUCCAUAGCUUCUCCUUAAUUUGAAUGUACAGUCAUACCUUGGGAUAAAUAUGCUUCAGGAUAAGUAUUUUCGGGUUGUGCUCCGCGGCGACCCGGAAGCAAUGGAGCGUGUUACUUCUGGGUUUCGCCGCUCGCGCAUGCGCAGUCAAAAUGAUGUCAUGCGUGGAAGCGGUGAGACACGACACGUGCAGACGCGCAGUUGCUUCUUACGUUGUAUUCAUGAUGCGAAUGGGGUUCCGGAACAGAUCCCGUUCACAUCCUGAGGUACCACUGUACUGUGGAACUGGGCUGCCUCUCGCUUGACUUGGUGGAAAAUGUGUUGUGUGAGGAUCUCCAGCUUUUGCACGGUUGGAAAACAGCCGACUGCACAUGUGAACAUUCCCUGCAUGUAGCUCUCAGUAGGUUGUCUAUGAGGAAAAGGUACCCCUUAAGCUGCAAGCUUGUUCUAGCUAAAUCUGAGUCUAGGAUUAACUUGGAGCCCCACACACUGGGUUUGGGGCAGUCUGUGCAGUGUAUCUAUUGGGGACUCAACUUAAUGAGAUCUUUCUUCCCAGCACCUCAAUCACUUCUAAUAACAAGCCACUACAGCACCGCCGGAUCAUAGAGAAUGUGCAGAAUCCUGCAGGAAUUGCUUUUGACUGGAUAUACAAGAACAUCUACUGGACGGAUUCUUCUCUCAAGUCCAUUUCUGUGGCCAGCCUGAACGGUGCUAAAAGGAAGGUCCUCUUCAACACGGACUUAAAAGAGCCCGCCUCUCUUGCUGUGGAUCCCCUUACUGGGUAAAGAAUGUUUAGAUGUCUGAGAUCCUCUUAAUUGAAUAAACCUUGAUGAUUUUUGAGGCUCUCUCAUAUAACCUAUCCUCACAAGGGUGCAACAUUCCAAGACGUGUAGCAGCACUUGCAGGAGAGAGAGAGGAAACCCGCAAUUUGAGAGAACAUUAUUGAGGAUUCCAUUGGGGAAUCCAGAAAAGACAGCAAUAACUUGCUUCAUAAACUUUUAUAUCUUUGCCAAUGUAAGCACAUCUAUGUUGAAUAGACAGGAAGUGGUACUGGAAGAAUUGCUAGUAACUUAAUGCCAGAGUAGCUGCCCAUGAUACUUGCCCAGGCAUAGGCAAACUCCAGCCCUCCAGAUGUUUUUGGACUACAAUUCCCAUCAUCCCUGACCACUGGUCCUAUUAGCUAGGGAUGAUGGGAAUUGUAGUCCCAAACAUCUGGAGGGCCGGAGUUUGCCUAUGCCUGUAUUUGCCCACCCCAGUUGAGAAGGGACUGCUUUUCUAGGCUUGAUCUAUAUGCUUUGGUGCAUUGUGCAUUUGUGCAACGAAAGAAUCACCCUGAGGGAAGAUACCCGUCCUUUCUGUAAUUUGGUACAAACAGGAACUAGGGCUGGGCGAUACCUGCUUUCCAACCUUGUAAUAGAUCGCCAGCUAAACUUUGCGAUAUGGCGGUAUAUUACGACGUUGGAAGAGAGGAAGAAAGCAGUUGCCGGCUGAGGAGACGAUGGACGUCACCAUGUGUAGCUUCUACCUCUUGCUGGUGAGGCUGGGCAUGUGGCACUGCCCCAGGCAGAGCGCAUCAGCUGGGGCACUGCCGGGCACUGUGGAGCCACUAGCCUCUCCGGAACCGCCAGCCAUGGCUCGCUCUGACCAGAGUCUCUGUUGGCCACCAGAAGGCACCAUUCCACUCGGCACGAGGAGGGGUGGAGGGAGGACGCAGCCUGCUAGCGCUCCCGCAGCCAGGGAAAGGAACAAAGGCACGGGUGGCAGACAGGAAAGUCCCACUCGUGAGGCGGUUGGCUGGGCUGCGGAGGGAGGGGGUGGACCAGGCGACCCAAUUGCAGGGUGCGAGGCUCACUGCAAGUGAGGCGAGCAGGGAUUUGUGAUGCAUUGCGUGAUCAGAAAUUCCAAACUUGCUCUUGCGAUUUUUAACUUUAAACCGGUUUUAGACAAGACAUCGCCCGGGCCUUGCCAGGAACUGAUGCAUAAAAAGGCCCAUUAGCCAAAAUCAGCCAAAGUUUUGAGGCGAAACUCUAGUGAGUGCAACUGCUGAGGAAGAAACAUGCAAAAUGAUCUAGGCAGCCGAGUCGACUCCUGACAGUUUUUACCUGGUUUCUCUUACAGCUUCAUGUAUUGGUCUGAUUGGGGUGAACCAGCCAAAAUUGAGAAAGCAGGGAUGAAUGGACUUGACAGGCAACAACUUGUGACAACAGAUAUUGAGAGGCCUAAUGGGAUUGCACUAGGUAUAUAAAUGUUCUUCCUACCGUGCUGGAAUUCCUUGUUGAAGGAAUUCUUGGAGUUGGAUUAAUUGGGAUGAGUGCCUUAAGGGUGUGAAAGCAAGUAGUCUUCUGGGAUGAACUGCUUUGGGCCAGAACAUGAUGAGACCUUUCCCCACCCCAAAUCAAGCCAAUACCCAGCCUUGGGGGUAUUUGACAUGCUUCCAUGGCUUCUGUCUAUGAUCAUUGCCAUUGACUUCAGGAUCCUGUAAUCUGCAUUUUGUGGUGCCUUAAUUACCCAUUGCAUAGCCAAGGACGCUACUGCAAAACUUCCUUAGAAAUCUAGGCUUAGAAGUGCAUUUAGGCAAGCUCUUGUCAAAACUUGGCUGCAUUCUGAGAUGUUUUCUCUUCAGAUCGUGUGAAGAAUCGUCUCUAUUGGGUUGAUUCUAAGCUGCACAAGCUGUCCAGUGUUGAUCUGAAUGGGCACGACCGAAGGAUCGUGUUGGAAUCCCAUGAAUUCCUUGCUCAUCCCCUUGCUCUGACAAUAUUCGAGGUAAGAACCAAGGUCUCAGUGAGAGGCAGCGUGGCUUAAUGGGUAGAGUGUCAGGUUGUGACCUGGGAGACCAGGGUUCAAAUUCCCACUGGGCCAUGAAGCUCGCCGGCUGACCUUGGGCCAGUCAGUCACUCAGUCUAACCAACCUCACAGGACUGUUGAGAGGAUGAAUUGGGGAGGGAAAAGAGCCAUGUACACCACAUUGAGCUUCUUGGAAGAAAAGGUGGUCUGUGAAUGUGAGAAAUAAAUUAGCAAGCUAAGAGUGGUGACAGGUCAUUUGAGCUUCAGAAAUGCUGUUGUCUUCCGUGAUAAUGGAGCUGGGCCAGGUGGCUAGUGAACUAAAUUGCUGCUGAAAGGUUGCUCCAUUUAACUUGACUCGUGGAAUUUGAUGGAAAACAUGUCUGGUCCUCACUUGCAUUCUUUUUAACUUCAGCAGUUCAAAGAAUAAUCCUUCAGUCUGAUAUAACCACCUUCCCCCCCCCUCCAGGACACCAUUUACUGGACAGAUGGUGAAAACGAAGCUGUGUACGGUGCGAAUAAGUUUACGGGCGCUGAGCUGGAAACCGUAGUCAACAACUUGUAUGAUGCUCGGGACAUCAUUGUGUAUCAUGAACUUGUACAGCAAUCAGGUAACAGGAGUCAUCAGGUGCAGUGCAAGAAAGCUCUCAAGAAGCUUUCCGGGCCAACUUUUAAAUGCCGCCUGAGAACUUCUCUUCCACCAGGUCUAGGCAGGCAAUUAAGGGUACAUCUCCCACAAUACAUUGCAGCCAGUUGGACUUGAUCAGGCAUCUCAAAACUCAGCCCUCCAGCUGUUUGGGGACUACAAUUCCCAUCAUCCCUGACCACUGGUCCUGUUAGCUAGGGAUGGUGGGAGUUGUAGUCCCAAAAAUCUGGAGGGCCGAGUUUGGGAAUGCCUGGACUAGAUGAUCCCUUCCCUUCCAUUGCUUACUACUUGUUUUUAACUUUUUUUCUAAUCUUCAUGGUUUUAUAUUGUUGUAAACUGCUGUGGUAUAUAUUUAUGGUAGGUAACGGUAAAGGGACCCCUGACCAUUAGGUCCAGUCGUGGCCGACUCUGGGGUUGCGGCACUCAUCUCGCUCUAUUGGCCGAGGGAGCCAGCGUACAGCUUCCAGGUCAUGUGGCCAGCAUGACUAAGCUGCUUCUGGCAAGCCAGAGCAGCACACGGAAACACCAUUUACCUUCCCGCUGAAGCGGUACCUAUUUAUCUACUUGCACUUCGUGCUUUCGAACUGCUAGGUUGGCAGGAGUAGGGACCGAGCAAUGGGAGCUCACCCCAUUGUGGGGAUUCGAACUGCCAACCUUCUGAUCGGCAAGUCCUAGGCUCUGGGGUUUAACCCACAGCGCCACCCGCGUCCCGUGUAUUUAUGGUACAGUGGUAUAAAAAUACUUUCAGAAAUGAAUCUGUUUAAAGUUGCCACAGUGCAUCUGAGAGGGAAGUGAAUGGUUGGCCCAAAUUCUGCCUUCAGUCAUCCAAGUUCUGACUGUAACUUGCUCUCAGUCCAUGGUUUACUUUGGCAACAGUCAAGGGACAAAUAGCAUCCUAUGCUAGAAAGACUCUCUGUUCUUGCAUUUUCUCUUGGAAGACACUCCCAUUAUAGGAAGAUGAAACACCAUGUUGAGUAUAGCCUUGAUUGCAAGCCAAACGUUGCGAUGGCUCACCUAGUAAGCUGAUCACAGCCUUUGCCGUCUUGAUGGAAGUUUAAGUUCUGAUACGAGAUGAACAUGCUUGGAAACGUCUCUCCGCAGGAAAGAACUGGUGUGAAGAUGAGAACAUGACAAACGGAGGCUGCGAAUAUCUGUGCUUGCCUGCUCCCCAGAUCAAUGACCGUUCGCCAAAGUAUACUUGCAUUUGUCCUGAUGGUGACACGUUGCAAGAUAAUGGCUUAAGAUGCAGAGGUACACUUGCAUGCUCCUUGGAGUUGCGUCUCGUGAGUCUUUGCCCCAUCUUGUGCAUUAAUACUGUCCAAAAUGCUUCGAUGUGGUCAUUCAGCGGCAUAUUCUGGCUGGCAUCUACAUACUCAUGGAUUUCACAAGCUAUAGUAGGCAUCUGUUAAAUUCAGAUGUCGUCCUGAUAAUAAUUGCAGCAAUGCAUUGUGAGCUGCCUCAAUCUCCUUUUCUGCCACGAAUUUGAGACGGCAUUGGACAAAAGAUAAUCUCUGCAGUGGGAUGUAUGCUGACAUACAACCUACUGGGAGGCAAAGUGCCUUGAAAAAGCAAGCUCUGUUAAUCCAGAAUGCUAGUUCUAGGUGGGAAAGGUUUGCUAGUUGAAGUAUGAAACCUCACAUAUCAACCUACUAUAGCAUCUCUUGGAGUGCUGGGUAAUUGGCAUUCCUAAGAGCAAUGUGUUCAACUGGUCCUGCAGCUUGCUUCUAAGCAUAACAUAGCUCAGACUUCAGCCUUGGCUUUUAUUUUCCAGCAUAGUUCUGAAAUACAUUUGACCUCUCGACCUCUUAUUUUAAAAAUGCAAAAAAUUUAAAAUGGCUUAAUUGGCCAAGAGCUAGAUAACUUGAGCUUGACUUUCUAAGCAUUUAAGAGCUGAUCUGAUGACAGAUCUACUGUGUUACGAAGCUGCAGCAGACGGCUGACAUCUUGCAAUCCACAGCUAAUUUGAGACAUGCAUGAACAUGCUCAUCUGUAGAUGCGCCACCUCCACAGAACAAGGACCCAGUCAAUCCUGGGCUUCAAAGUUGCUGAUCUAUAAUUUCAGGUACAGGAGCUGCUGAGGCAAAAGAGAACAGCAGAACAGAAAAGCCACCUGGACCACUUUCUGGAGGUAUUGGUCCUAAUGCAGCGUGCUGGUGGUGGAGCAGAAUAAGCGAAGGAUCACACCACUUCUUCUCAGUGCAAGGGGGGGGCACAGAGGUCUUUUUGCAGACCUUGCGUGUUUGGGUUAUUCCAAGGAACACUGGGCUAAGCUCAGGGCCAGAUUUAGGUUUGAUGCGGCCCUCAGCUCCUGAAGGUAAUGGGGGGCCCCUUUAUAUGUUCAGCUGUCCUUUGUCCACAACAAAUUGUCGCUGUUUUUUGUGUUGAAUAUAUGCUAUAUGGUAAUUUAUGGACCUCAUAGGUAUCUCAAGCCAUUUGCACAUAACAAAAUAUGUAUGUUAUCAAAGUAAUUGAACUGAAAUAUAAUUAAGAAGUAUAUUAAUAGUGAAAUACAAUUAAGAAGGGUUUCGGCGGUCAUGCAUGCACAGAAGCGCCGAAUCGCAACCCGCGCAUGCGGAGACACGGGGUGCGAAUCGCAAGCCGUGCAUGCGCAGACACGGGGUCCGCAUGGAUCACGUUCGCAACCCGAGAGUCGACUGUAAUGCAAACACAUUGGCACCUUAGAGACCAACUAAGUAGUUCUGGGUAUAAGCUUUCCUGUGCAUGCACACUUCUUCAGAUACCUUAUACCCAGAACUAACUUAGUUGGUCUCUAAGGUGCUACUGGACAAUUUUUUUUUAUUUCGUUUGCGUCAGAGCAACACAGCUAUCUACCUGAAUCUAUGGUCUGGAUUGACUUCCUUUCCUUGAUAAGGAAACAGCUGACAACAGGCAUUAUUCCUAGCAAUUGCUGCAGUGUAAGAAUAAUCUAGGAUCACCCCCAAACUGCAGACCUCAAGGGAGAGUGUGCAGACACUUAGAGGCCUCUAGACGCCCCCCUCCCAAGCAACAGUAACUUGGUCUUUUCUGUCCUAAGCUUCAUGCUACCAUUUCCCACUCAGAAUUGGGUAGGCCUUGGAGCCUUCAGAGUUGAUACUUCUCUUACCUGAACUGGAAUAUCCCCUUCUAACUCUGGCCAGCAGAGCUAUUGCACCAGGCAGUGAUGCCAUGAUGCAUUGGCCAAUAUCCUAAAACAAGCGGAUUUGUGGCAGCGCACCUCAAUUUUUUGAGUGGGAACCAGCUUGGCAAGUGGCUCAUUUCUGUCGGAGCUGUGGGAUGGAAAGCCAGCUGGCUUGGCCCCAGCCCGAACGUCUCCCUUCUCAGUCUUGCUGCUGCAAAGAUCAAUCAGUCAUCCUCCUCCGACGUGCAUCCGCAACUCAUUCUGCUGUGCAUGCAAGAGCACACAUUACUCAGCAGAGUAAACACACAACAGAUCAGGCUCGAGGCAGGGAUACUAUACUAAACUACGCAUUUAUUAUACAUAAAUCAGGACACAGAAAAACAUGGCCUUUCUCCUUGUCGUUCUUCUUGGAGAGAGAGAGAAAACAAAAGCAAUACAGAGCGGAUGUUCUGCUCACGGGACUCCAGCAAUCUGUGCUGGAAUGUAAACAGACAUGUGACAUGUAACAAUCUCACAUAUCUGCAGCAAGGGUGGAAUGGAAUUUCCAACAAUUUCCUCCACCAAAGUUCAGGCAACUUUUCUGCCUCGCCUAGCGUUUAAACUGUUUAGUAGACAAAUCUUUCUACCAGAUGUGGGAACCUUUUAAAACACUUAACUGGGGUUGCACUUGGGAGUGAAUGAAAUGGCUGUUUCUUUCUUCCUAGGACAAAAUCUAAGCAGUCCAGUUUCAGAAGAGCUUUCUUCAUCCAGAAGUUCUUCAGCAGCAUGGGCCAUUCUUCCCGUAUGUAAGUAGAAGAUGUUGCCCUGAAAUCAUGCGAGGUAUUUUCACUGCACCUCCCUCCUGAUCAAGGGGUCAAUGGCCACCCCCAUGUUCAGGGAGAGGGCUGGGCCCCCUUAAAAUUCCUUGGCAGCCUUGUGUGCAUUCCAUGGAGUGUGCUCAUGUCACAUGCACAAGCCACGGGGUGUGCACAUGACACGUCCACAUGCUGACAUCAUGCAUGCAUGCCCCACUGAAGCCACGCAGUCGCAGCCCCCCCAGUCAUGGGAGCAAGGUGGCACACUUGCUCCUGAUGAUGGCUGCAUUCAACUUAGGCCACCAAAGGCUAUUCAGCAGUCUGAGCUGGGCUAAGAUGCUCCAGAGGAACAUCACCUUGCCAUUUCUUUCAGUGUUGUUGACCAUGGCAGCGGCAGGCAGCUACUUCAUGUGGCGCAACUGGCAACACAAGAACAUGAAAAGCAUGAAUUUUGACAAUCCGGUGUACUUGAAAACGACGGAAGAAGACCUCUCUAUAGACAUCGGAAGACACAGCGCUUCAGUGGGCCACACGUAUCCAGCUGUAAGUGAAGGGGGUGGAACUGCAGAAGAUAGUAAAUAUUAGGCACCAGAAAUAAGUGCUCCUAGAAUGGUGUAGCAGAAUAUGGCAUCACUUCCCUGUCAUAUCUGAAGCAGUGGUGCCAUCAAUGUGUUGUCCUCCUGACGUGUCCUCCUGACGCAUAAUCCCUGGCCUGUGUGGCCCCAGGGGUCAGGGAUUAUGGGAAUGCAGGGCACUACAGUGGUACCUCGGGUUACAGACUCCGCUAACCCGGAAGUAGUACCUCAGGUUAAGAACUUCACCUCAGGAUGAGAACAGAAAUCGUGCAGCAGCAGGAGGCCCCAUUAGCUAAAGUGGUACCUCAGGUUAAGAGCCGUUUAAGGUUAAGAACGGACCUCCAGAACAAAUUAAGUUCGUAACCAGAGGUACUACUGUAUAGUAACUGCCUUAAAUGGAUCCCAGCAACUCUUGAAAAUCAGAAUUUGUUUCAAGUCCUUAAUCCAAAUUGGUUCUUAAGGCUUAAAUCUCAAACUAGCCUUGGUAACUGCAUAGCAGAACUUUGGACACGGCUGCCGAUCCAUCCAUGGGCCAAGCACUGUCUGGGGAUCCAGGAGCUCAGAAGGGGCCCUCACUGGUUCUCGGCUGGUUUCCUCUGAAGGGAGACCCGCUGGGCUCAGUGAGGCUCACUUGCAGGUGGCCUGCAUAGAAUCACUUGCAAAGCAAGCAGGUGGAAGGAGGCAGAAAAUGGGAGGUCCCUUUGUGGAUUUCUCCUUUGACUCCAGUGUAGACUUCUCCCCCUCUUCUAAUCUUUAUCUCAGUAGUCAUCUUAAGUUUUAUCUGUGGGGAAAGAAUGAGCGAUGGGAGGUGGACCAGGGCACCACUGAUACCCUUUGCCAAGGGUCUUGGGUUCUUGGAACUGGUUCUGUCUCAGCACCCACCUAAGUCAUGUUUGAGGAGAUGACUUUGCAUUAGCUGCUAAAGUUGUGGCAGCUACUGGCUAGGAAGCUCUGCUGGCUCUGCGGAUAAGUAAAGCAGGGUAAGUAUUGUGUACUAUUCCUGUCAUACAAAGUUGAAAGCCAGGAGCAUCUUGUGUUAAACACAAACCACGUGCUGCGUAAACUUCACUGCAUGAAACGGGAAGGAUUGCAUUGUCACUAAUCCUCGUUUCUCCUCCGAACAGAUAUCAGUCGUCAGCACAGAUGAUGACUUAUCAUGAAGGCAGCCAUCUCCUAGUCUACUUUUGUUUUACACCAUUUGGACAGAAGCCAGUGGCUGGACAGUUUUCCUUCCUGUCAUGGGAGAAUGAAGAUGGCACAAGCUCACAAACCAUUUUCAUACGAAGCUUGUCAACGUCUGUCCACAGCAAUUCAGCUUUUAAGUCACUGGUUACCUGUAACCCUUUUAAUAAGUAUUGCCACCGCUGGCCCUGUAUAAAGCACUUUCCAAGAAGCCAUAGGGAAGGAACAAGCGCUGCAAGAAGUACUUCCUGUAAAUAAUUGUACAGGCCCCUGUAAAUUUUCCUGAGGAUAGUCUAUCAAGCACUUUGGAGAAGAAACACAUUUCAAUGUAAAUUAUUGUAUAACUUUUUUUUCAAUGGUUGGGCAAUGGCAAUAGGAGAAAACGGGUUACUCAGUCUAAUUGCCAAAAAUUUGUAAAAUUUAACUUUUGUAUGAAUUGUGAAUUUGUCCUCCCCGAACCACCUACAGGGGUGUGCAGAGGACAAUUGCUCUGUAUCAGAAAACCACUGUAAAUUUCGACACUGAAAUGGCAUUAAAGAGAAGCAAAGCUAUAGACAGGGCUGGACGUGCCGUUUGCUUGAUCCCGCUGCUGACACAUUCUGGACACCAGCUGAACUCGCUGGGGGAAGAGCUCCAGAACUUUGCUUGGAAUGAAGGGAACACGGAAAUCUGAACGGCAGGGCUGCAUGCGAAUGGUGUAGCUCUCGCCAGAUGCUGUGCAGGGUUGAGCAGCCCAGUUCACACAGCCCUCACUUCCCCCCUCAGUUACCGUAUUUUUCGCCCUAUAGGACACACUUUUUCCCCUCCAAAAAUGAAGGGGAAAUGUUUGUGUGUCCUAUGGGGCGAAUGCAGGCUUUCGCUGAAGCCUGGAGUGAGAGAGGGGUCGGUGCGCACUGACCCGUCCCGCUCGCCAGGCUUCAGGAAGCUCUGCGCAACCCCUGGGAGACCAGCACGACCUGCAUGCCGAAGCCUGGGGCGCGCUGAAGAGUGUGCCCCAAGCUUCGCGCAGCUCUCCGCAACCCUAGGGAGCCCGGCGCAACUUCCCGCCGGGCUCCCUAGGCUUGCGGAUAGCAGUCUGUUCUGGGGGCUGGGGUCGGGGGAAGCUCGGGCUUCCCCCGCCCCAGCCCCGCGCCUGGGUGGGAAAUAAUUUUUUUUUCUUUAUUCCCCCCCCCAAAAAAAACUAGGUGCACCCUAUGGGCCAGUGCGCCCUAUGGGGCAAAAAAUACGGUAAUAUCCCAACACUUGGCUUCAGCUGUUACCUUCCUGCGUCUGCCCAAUGCCUUUCAACUUCUCUCUCAGCUACUCUCAAGAGGCAGUCCUUGGAUGUCAGAGGUGCUUACGGUGCCAAUUGAGUGCUUGAUUUAUAAGCAGCUGAAUAUAAUAAUAAAAAAUAUUUUUUUAUUUAUACCCCAUCCAUCUGGCUAGGCUUCCCCAGCCACUCUCUGCAGCUUCCAGCAAAAUAUUAAAAUACAAUAAUCCAUCAAAUAUUUUAAGCUUCCCUAAACAGGGCUGCCUUCAGGUGUCUUCUAAAAGUCAGAUAGUUGUUUAUUUCUUUGACAUCUGGUGGGAGGGCAUUCCAUAGGGUGGGUGCCACCACCAAGAAGGCCCUCUGCCUGGUUCCCUGCAACUUUGCUUCUCUCAGCGAGGGAACCGCCAGAAGGCCCUCAGAGCUCGACCUCAGUGUCCAGGCAGAACGAUAUGGUUGGGGGCACUCCUUCAUACACACAAUACAGUCCCACCCGCCUCCCAGUAUGUGGAAACCACCUUUGUUUUGGGGGUGGCUCCUUUUCCUUCCAAGCGGUAGGCCCACCAUAACCCAAGUUGACUGUUGGAUGUGUUGUUUUGAAUCCUGUGACCCUCCAGCUAUUGUUGGACUCCGACUCCCCAUCAGUCCCAACCAGCACAGCCGGUGGUCAGGCAUGAUGGGGGCUGUAGGUCAGUGAUGCCUGGAGGGUCCCAGGGUCCCAAUCCCUGCUCCAAAGGGAAGGACUGGGUUGCAGCAAUACGGCUAACCUAGUCACACCUGAUAUUGAAGCAAAGGAUGAGCUGCUGGUGGUGGUAUAUCUGCCCAACAGGACUGAGCGUGGGUUUUAGUGAGUGAUUCAGCAUGUCUGGGAAUAAUGUCUCUUUCUACCACACAGCACUCCACAUAAGCAAAACACCAGGGAGAGGCUGUCUCUUGUGAUAAGUCCUGAUUUCUUAUGGCAGGAAACAACUUGCCAGCACUCUCUGGUCAUGGUGUUUUUGGAAGGGGUGUUCAAGGGAUACAUCAGGAACCAGGCAACCUCUAGGUAUGCCAUUUUCAUCCAAAUUGCCCACAAUCACAGGAGUGCAAGUUCCACCUGCUCCUGUCAGUCUAAAGUUUGGCAGGAUCCAUCCCCCAUUUCCUACAGCACUCUCCUCCACUGAGAUCAGGUAUCAGAAGUGCCCUUUCUGCUGCUUUAAAUCCAGACUGCCCUCCUUUUCCCACGAUUCUAUGUCUAAAAGAAAGCUCUCAAUUCGCUUUGCUCUCAAAAGAUGUCUACAAAUCACCAACGUUCUGAGUCAGCAGAAUCUCCUUCCUGUUGUCAUUGCAAAAGCUUCUAGAAUUGUAAGGGAAUUAUGACCAGCCUGACACAGUUAUGAUAUUGGCACGUCUUUGUGGCGCUUGCUUCCAUGUUGCAUUCUCUAUCCUCCUUAGUUUCCAAAUGCCUUUUUGCAGAGUUCUGCCAUCUGCUAUGAGCCAAGUGUGGCAAUUUCUCAUCCCCUCAGGGAAUAGUUUUUUCCUUCCAGUGCUGAAUUUCAGAGGGAUACACAUGCUUUCACCCUCUCCUGAUACUUGAUCUGUUGACAUCGUGCCAACCAAGGUAAACAAAUAAUUGCCCAUAACAGAAGUUGUUUGCAACAAUACAUUAAAAUGCAGCCUUAUGG